CAUGAAGAAUGCCGUCAUCGGAAACAACAGACAGAAGGCCAACCUAAUUGUGCUGGGAGCCGUGCCAAGACUUCUGUAUCUUCUCCAGCAGAGCUCUUCUAGUCUGGAGCUGAGGACUGAAUGUGCGGUCGUGUUGGGAAGUCUGUCAAUGGGCACAGAGAACAACAUCAAGUCCCUGGUGGACUGUCACAUCAUCCCAGCCCUGCUUCAAGGUCUCUUGUGUUCUGAUCUGAUUUUCAUUGAGGCAUGUCUGCGCUGUUUAAGAACCAUCUUCAUCAGUCCAGUCACACCAGUGCAGCUGCUCUACACAGACCCCACUGUGAUCCCCCAUCUCAUGUCCCUGCUGAGUCGGUCACAGCACACACAGGAAUACAUCACGCAAAUCUUCGCCCACUGCUGCAAGACUCCAGAACAUCAGACGGUGUUGUUUAACCAUGGUGCCAUCCAGAACAUUGCUCCUCUGCUCAUCUCUCCCUCCUAUAAGGUACGAAUGCAGGCGUUGAAGUGUUUCUCAGUUUUGGCCUAUGAGAACGCUCAGGUCUCUAUGACACUGGUGAAUGUGCUUGUAGAUGGUGAGCAGCUCUCUCAGGUUUUUGUUAGAAUGAUGCAAAGGGACAAACCCAUCGAAAUGCAGCUUACAGCCGCCAAAUGUUUAACAUACAUGUGUCGAGCAGGAGCCAUCAGGACAGACGACAAUUGUAUUGUACUAAAGACUUUACCAUGCCUGGUGCGGAUGUGCAGUAAAGAGCGGUUACUGGAGGAGAGGGUGGAGGGGGCUGAGACGCUAGCCUACCUGAUGGAGCCGGACAUAGAACUACAGCGGAUUGCAAGUGUCACCGAUCACCUCGUGUCCAUGUUGGCUGACUACUUUAAAUACCCGAGCUCUGUCAGCGCCAUCACUGAUAUUAAGAGGUUGGACCAUGACUUGAAACAUGCACAUGAGCUGCGGCAAGCAGCCUUUAAACUUUAUGCCUCGCUGGGCUCCAAUGACGAGGACAUCAGGAAAAAGAUUACAGAGACGGAAAACAUGAUGGACAGGAUUGUUAGUGGCCUAUCAGAAUCUAGUAUCAAAGUACGGUUAGCAGCAGUCAGAUGUCUGCACAGUUUAUCACGGUCUGUACAACAACUAAGGACAAGUUUCCAUGAUCAUGCAGUAUGGAAGCCACUAAUGAAGUUGUUACAGAACGCACCAGAUGAGGUCCUGGUCAUGGCCUCUUCAACACUAUGCAACCUACUGCUGGAGUUUUCACCUAGCAAAGAGCCUAUCUUAGAGUCUGGGGUCAUUGAGUUACUAUGCAGCCUCACACAAAGUGACAGUCCAGCUCUAAGGGUCAACGGCAUCUGGGCUCUCAUGAACAUGGCCUUCCAGGCAGAUCAGAAAGUGAAGGUGGAGAUAGUUCAAGCUCUGGGCACAGAACAGCUUUUUCGACUCCUGUCUGAUCCUGAUACCAAUGUGCUCAUGAAAACAUUGGGGCUACUUCGAAACCUGCUCUCCACCCGGCCACAUAUAGACCAGAUCAUGAGCUCACAUGGGAAGCAGAUAAUGCAAGCGGUCACGCUUAUUCUGGAGGGAGAACACAGCAUAGAGGUCAAAGAGCAGACAUUGUGCAUAUUGGCCAAUAUUGCUGACGGAAACACUGCCAAGGAACUCAUUAUGACCAAUGACGACAUGCUCCAAAAAAUUAAAUAUUACAUGGGUCACUCCAAUGUGAAGCUGCAGCUGGCUGCCACCUUCUGCAUCUCUAACCUCAUCUGGAAUGAGGAGGACGGCUCACAAGAGAGACAAGACAAGCUAAGGGAGAUGGGCUUCGUUGAUAUCUUACACAAACUCACCCAGGCAUCAGAUCCCAACCUCUGUGACAGGGCAAAAACGGCGAUGCAGCAGUAUCUGGCAUGACCUUGAAGGAAGGCGGGAUACAGCCUCACUAACAAUCUCUAGGAGGAUCACAUCUCCUGUGUUUUUAUUUUAGAUUCGAGUUUCCUUUUGCUCUUCCUUUUGUUUUGUUGCACAAGACACCUUUUGUUGUGGAGACCCUGAACAGCUUCAGGAAAUCAGAGACACGGUUGCCAGGGGGCCACAGGCUUUCAGCUACGUUGGUUUAAUACGUUUUCUGCUGAACUCUUGGAACUAUUAUUUUUUUGGACUUAAUAUGAAGGAAAAAAAAGUUUCUCAACGUGUGUUGCAGCGCCAUCUGGUGGAUUGAGGCUUUGAUGCUUUGGACUCCCUUUGGAGAAAGCUGACUGAACUCUCAGUGCUACGCUUCUAGGAGCUUAGUCUCCUUAUUUUGGUUUGCUGAUUUACUAUUGAUAUUAUUAUUAUUAUAACUAUUAUUAUUUUAAUUGGGACUUUGACACAAGGUUAGAAAAAGACUGCUUGUUUUUGUUCUUUUUUGUGGAUACAUACCUCGUAAAUAUAUAUAAAUAUAAA